AUGGGCCGCCUCGGCGUCCUAGAUAUAAACGAUGCGCAAUCGCAAAAACCACCGUACCCGCCAAAGAAGAAACAAACCAAGCGCUCAUUCUGCUGUUUUGAUAUCAUAGAAGAAGACGAUGAGCCGGCUCCAAGACCAAGCGCGCCGCGCCCUCCACCUGUCCCAGGACACCCUCCUCAACAACAAAUGAACCAAGUCUCACCUCUCCUACCAUCCACAGCAAGGCCACCUCCUCGGAAAUCAACAAGCAGAUGGAUCCCAUCUACUCUCUCCCCGCAAACAGUCUCACUCCUCGCGGCUGAACUCGCAAAACCAAUCUCCACAGCCGACGAACCAGGCUACAUCUACAUGUUCUGGGUGACGCCUGAAACAUCAUCAAGAUCUGCUCCACCCCCGUCCGACAUCGCCUCGUUUCUCGUCCCGUCAGCAAAUAGGGGAAUAGAUAUCAACGAUGAAGACGACGAUCCCGAUUACGACGAUGACAGCGACGAAACACCGGAGCAAAUCCGACGCAGCAACACCGCCAUUAUCCGGGCAAGAGACUUGAAUAAGCUAUCGUCGAAUCCAACGCCCAAUAGUCCAGGAACAGUGAAGUUGAAGAUUGGUCGGACGAAUAAUAUAACCCGAAGGUUGAAUGAGUGGACGAGGCAGUGUUCUAAUCAUCUCACACUUAUUCGUUACUAUCCGUAUACUUCGUCAUCAAGACGGGGCAAAGGACAAGGUGUUGGCAAGGGCUUGGAGCCAGGGAGAAAGGUACCUCAUGUUCACCGAGUGGAGAGACUCAUUCAUAUUGAGUUGGCGGAUAUCCGAGCGCGGGAUCUAGGGCAGUGUCCAGAAUGCGGAAAGGAGCAUAGGGAGUGGUUUGAAGUCGCUGCUGAGCGGGAUUCUCUAAAGAGGGUUGAUGAAUGUAUUCGACGAUGGGUGCGCUGGGCACACACUCAGCGACGGUGA